AUGCUACACUUCCUUGUGCUGACCCUCCCAGUUUUCAGCAGCUCCUGCACACUGGACGGCAAUGCUUCGCACCAUGAUCUUGGUAGAGAAGCCGUGCGGAAGAUGAGCCAGUCCGCUGCUGGACUUUCCUGGGAAGAGUCCGUUUUCCUCGACAUACCAUCAAAUGCUUCCGCUCGGGCGUCCUUGGAGUUCAUAACUCGCAAGCCGCAUGUGGCAGGCACACCAGGGGACCUGCACAUGGCACAGUACGUGCGCGAUGCCUUCCAAAGGGCAGGAAUCAGCGCGGAGCUAGACCCACAGAAGGUGCUGCUCACCUAUCCGAUCAGUAGUGCCCUUCAGCUGGUAGAUGGCACAGGCCGCGUUGUAUCGGCAGCCAAGCUGGCUGAGGAUGUGCUGCAGACAGAUAACACGUCUGACACAUGGUGGAGGAACCACACUUUCAAUGCCUACUCGCCUUCGGGAGAUGUUACAGCACCCGUGGUGUAUGCAAACUUUGGCUUGCCUGAAGACUUUGCUGCCCUGAAAGCUGCUGGUGUUCAAGUGCGUGGCGCCAUUGCCCUGAUGCGCUAUGGGAAGUGCUUCAGAGGCCUAAAAGCAAUGAACGCACAAAAGGCCGGGGCCCUAGCAGCUGUCAUCUACUCGGAUCCGGAGCAGGAUGGCUUCGCUAAAGGAAGCGUGUAUCCUUACGGGCCCUGGAGGCCCGAGAGUAGCGUACAACGGGGAUCAAUCCAGUUCAUUUCCCUUUGUGCAGGCGACCCCACCAGAGCAUAUGCCCCUCACGGAAUGGACGUUGAGGAGCUGUGUGGUUACAGCGAGAAGGAGCUCAUUCCCCAGAUUCCUGUCCUGCCAAUAUCUUAUGGUGACGCAGCCAUUUUCCUGGACUCUUUGGGGGGACCAGAGGCCCCGCCCUCUUUUCGGGGCGCGCUGAACAUCACUUACCGAACUGGACCAACGGAGACGAAGUACAAAGUGCAUCUGCAGGUGGCAAACCACUUUCAGUCGUCACCCGUGUGGAACGUAAUCGGCAAGAUCCCUGGUACACUGCCGGCUGAGCUUGACCAGCCAGUUGUAUUGGGCAACCACCGCGAUGCCUGGAUUUUCGGAGCAGCGGAUCCGAACAGCGGGACCGCACAGCUUCUUGAGGUUGCCAAGGGCUUGGGCGAGCUGCUGCAACGCGGCUGGCGCCCGCUUCGUAGCAUCUUCCUAUGCUCCUGGAGCGGGGAAGAGUAUGGCCUCUUGGGCUCCACAGCAUGGGGUGAGGUCAAUGGAGAUGGCCAAAGGGCCGUGUUGAAGCGAGCCCUGGCCUACCUCAAUGUUGAUGUUGGCGUUUCAGGACCCCACUUCAGGGUUGCGGGAACGCCAUCGCUGGCGCAAUUGCUGGCUGGGGUCUUGGGCCACGUCCGCCACCCUGAAUCCCAGAAGCCACUUUCCGAGCAGUGGUCAGGAAAACUCUACUCCCUAGGUUCAGGCUCGGAUUAUACAGUUUUCAUUGACCAUUUGGGCAUUCCAUCACUGGACAUGUCUUUCACACCUGGUAACGCGCAGUAUGGAGUCUACCACUCCGUGUACGAUUCCUUUACAUGGAUGGCAACGGAGGGAGACCCAAAUUUCACCUAUCACGUAGCUAUGUCACAGGUUUGGGGCCUGACCACUCUGCGACUGGCGGGCUCCACAAAAUCUGGAAAUUUGCCGCUGCCAUUGAACCUGACUAUCCAGGCCCAGGCUAUUCAGGGCUACAUCGCGGAGGCCCAGGAAAGCCUCAAUGGGACAGCACAACGCAAGCUGUGGUUCGAACCUCUGGAGCAAGCCAGCGAGGCUUUCCUCCGGGCAGCGCAGCACGCUUCAGCGGAGGCUGACCGAUUGAGGAGGCUUGGACCAAGCGCUUUCCACGAAGUCGUGGCAUUCAACAACCGCAUCGGCCUCUUGGAGCGCAGCUUCUUGAUGGAGUCUGGGCUGCCAGGUCGAAAGUGGUUCCGGCAUUGUCUGCAAGCCCCGGGCCUUUACACGGGCUACGGGGCAAAGACGUUCCCUGGCAUCAACGAAGCCAUCUCCGCCGAGGAGUGGGACCUGGCGCAAUCACAGAUCAAGGCCUGUGCCCAAAGGAUCGAGGCCGCAGCAGCUUCCAUCACAGAGCCAAACCGCUUCAUCACCGUAUGA